AUGCCAGAACAGAAGAACGUACAAACGUGGAGAAUAACGCACGUAAUCAUUUACGUCUGCGCCAUCGGCACGUCGCUGGGGGCCCUGCUCAGCUACCGCGGCAUGAACAGAACCCUCCAGAUCGACAUGGACAAGUGCAUGCUUUACUCCAAGCCCUGGUUGGAAAUCAGCCAGAAGACCGGCAACUGUAGGAUUGACCUGGCUCGGACCGAGUGGAGCAGUCACGGCCUCUGCAACUUUGUCCUGUUUGCGAUGCUGGCGUCCUUCGUGUACAGCAUCAUAGCCCUCUGGUUCUUCCUCAUGUGCGCACCGUCGACGAGAGGUGUGCAGGAGGACAGCAUUGUCCACAUCUGGAAGAUCGUUCCGCCAGCGUCGUUGUUCAGCAGCCUCCUGCUGCUACUCACCUUCGCCAUGGCCUGGAAAGUGACCGUAGGCAUUCGGACCUUCUUCAUCAGCCUGGAGUCCGCUGUCCACCAUAAUUGCACGACCAAGAGCGGCGCUCCGGCGGUCUGGGAAAAUAGCAACGUGGCGGACUUGUACAACGAGAGAGUCAUCACGCAGAUUUUAGUCUGGUUCAUGGUGCUAAGCUGGAUCAUGGCCACGUUGACCCUGGCUGUCCGUUGCGCGACGGCUGCGGAUUUCUCUUCCCUUAGCGAGGGGAACCCCAGAUGA